CUCUCACUUGACAGCCGCGACAUUGUCAUAACCAAGAAAUUAAUAAAACAUUACAUAAAAAACGCGAAUUUAAUGAAAAUUGUGUGUUUGCGACGACACUUAAGCCACGACAAGCGAAUUUAUUUUAAUAUUUCGGACGUUCCUCGCAGGUAGCCCCCCUACAAUGGCCACCCCUUCCAUCCAAUGGCAAUAGACUCCCCCUCACCCCCCAGCCCCAUAACGAGGUGAUUCGCAAUAAUGUAGUCAAAAUGUCGCAACACGACGAUCGAAAAAAAUUCUAUUGCCGCGAAUGGGCCUUCCAGAAACUCUCUCACUGUCUCGAUCAACGUCCAGUUUCAAAAACAUGUGGUGCUCUCCUCCUCGGCGGUUCCGGUUGUGGCAAAACGACCUUUUGCUCCGAACUGUGUUGGCCCUCGCAAGGGCCCAGUGGACGCCAACAACGCGCCCUAAACCGCCGCCUACUCUGCUACCAUUUCCUGCAAGGUCACAACGAGAAAAGUCUCUCUUUGAGCGAAUUCGUCCGCUCUUUACUCACCCAAAUCCUCAACCAUUCGACCGAAAGCCACAAAGAGCGAAGCAUGCGACGAAAACAAGCACAAGAAAAGACUGAAAAUUCGGAAAAUAUUGAUUUAUACACCGAAGCAUUGUCGCCAACUUUGGACAAAAAAAAUGAAAUACCACCGGUACCUAACCUACCGGUGAAUCCCCGAACUUUAAUCGCGGACGCCUACUUGGAAAAACUCAAGUCUGAUCCAGAAAUACAAAUCGCAUUAAGGGCGAAAAAUAUCGAAUUAAAUCCUGAUGAUUGUCUCAAGAGGGCGCUUUUAUUCCCAUUACUUGAAAUCGAUCCACCGAAAACCUCACUUUUCAUCUUGAUUGAUUCGAUCGAUGAACACUCAUUUGUGUAUUCGAAUUCGACUUUGACACGAUCGAAACCACGUGAGCGUAGCUCCCAAUCAAAAACCAUCGCCGAGUUAUUAGCCAAUCACCAUCAUUUAUUCCCCCAAUGGCUCCUCCUUGUUUGCACCGCUCGCAAACAAUCGAAGAGUAUCGCAAAAAUGUUCACCGGUUUUCGCAAAUUAAGUUUAGAUGAUUUGCGAAAGUCGCAAGUGGUUCGUGACGUUCAACAGUAUAUUCUCGCAAGAUUAGACCAAGAGAAUAGUUUGCGACAACAUAUAAGUCGCGAUACGGCCGAAAUGCUCAACCAAUUGCAUAUAAAAAGCAACGGUUGUUUUCUCUAUUUGGAGAAGGUGUUGGACGGUGUGUCGGAUAAUUUUAUCGUUUUGCGAGAAGUUCGGGAAAUCCCCGGGACUCUAAACGGGUUGUAUUUGUGGUUGUGUCAAAGAUUGUUCAAUCGGAGACAGUUUGCGAAAGUUCAGCAGUUGUUAAAUGUGAUUCUUGCGGCAAAGUGUGCGCUGAACGAGGCUCUCUUGUUUGAUAUUAUCAAAGUGUACAAUCCGAAAAUAACACAGGAUGAUUUCAAAAAACGUUUCAAUCUUUUGAGGAGGAUUAUAGUGGUGUCAAAAUCGGGCGCGAUUCGAUUGUUUCAUCAUUCGUUCGCCGAAUGGUUGCUAGAUAUUAAACAUUGCACACAGAAAUAUCUGUGUAAUAUUUUUCACGGGCAUUGUAUUCUCGCCAUGUAUUAUACGUUGCACGCUAAGUUUUUGAACAAUCAAGAGAUUUAUGAUUAUGCGUUUCAUCUGACGAGGAUGGAGCAGUAUUUGAAUGAAAAACCGACGCAGAAAUGUCCCACGUUGAUGUAUAAAUUGUCGCAAGAGAAGCAUAAUUUGUCUUCGCAAGGGGAAAAUUCGCUGGAGAAGACGUCGACGGAGAUUUAUGCCGAUUUGAAGGCAUUGCAAGAGUUGACCAAGUACGAGGAGAAGGAAGUAACAGGUGCUCUCGAGACCAGCUUCAUCGAGACGGAAAACAGCCUCGAAGAAAUCACCGAUAAAUUCGACAACGUGAACCUCAAAAGCCCCACCGCUGAUAAAAACCCCAUCUAUGCUGAAGUGAACAAAAUCAAAAAAACCGAAAUGACAAAACCCGACGACCCAUCAACCGUCAGCAGCACCCUAGAACCCAACAAAACCAUCGAUGUUCACACUUUAACCGUACUUUGGCUCAUUUUGAGCGGUUGUAACGUCGAGGAAUGUCUUCUCGAAGGCAAUGAAAUGGCAGGAGUGAAUUUUGGGGCUUUUUUACCGACCGAUCCCAAAGUCUUGAAGUUGUUACUCGAAGCAGGCGCUGUAGAACAGCCAGAUGUCGAAGGAUGCGAAUACGAAAGUCAACAGAUGUCUUUGGCGUCGACGUCGAGUGAACAAAGUCCAGAACCACUCUUCGAUUUGCACGAUUUGCAUGGACAAGCGGCGCUACAUGUGGCCGCCAGACUGGGACAGGCGCAAGUCGUUAAGGUGCUGUUGGAGGCCGGUGCCAACGCUGACCAGGCCAACGUGGACGGUUGGACGCCUCUUCGUGCCGCCGCCUGGGGCGGUCACACCGAAGUGGUGGAACUCCUGGUGGACCACGGCUGCGCUUUGGACAGCGUCGACGCCGAAAAUCGUACCGCUUUACGUGCAGCUGCUUGGUCCGGUCAUGAAGAAAUCGUCAAAAUUCUCCUCCAACAUGGCGCCGAUGUUAACCUAACCGAUCACGAGGGUCGAACCGCCCUCAUCGCCGCCGCCUAUAUGGGUCAUAGUGAAAUCGUAGAACACCUUCUUGAUUUCGGUGCCGAUGUUAAUCAUGCCGAUGCCGAUGGCAGAACGGCAUUAUCAGUGGCGGCGUUAUGUGCACCACGAACGCCUGGCGUUAAUGUCGUUUCAACACUGCUAGAACGUGGCGCUACUGUUGAUCAUAAGGAUAAAGAGGGGAUGACGCCGCUAUUGGUUGCUUCGUUUGAAGGUCACAAGGACGUAUGCGAAUUGUUAUUGGAGAAUGAGGCCGAUGUGGAUCAUUGUGAUCAUAGUGGGAGGAGUCCGUUAUGGGCGGCGGCGAGUAUGGGACACGCCCCUGUUGUCGCACUUUUGCUAUUUUGGGGCUGUUGUAUCGAUUCGAUGGAUUCGGAGGGACGGACAGUGUUGUCAGUGGCGGCGGCUCAAGGAUGUGUUGAGGUUGUGCGACAAUUGUUGGAUCGGGGAUUGGAUGAACAACAUAGGGAUAAUUCCGGGUGGACGCCACUGCAUUACGCGGCUUUUGAAGGUCAUCAAGACGUCUGUGAGGCGUUACUUGAGGCUGGGGCGCGUAUAGAUGAGACUGAUAAUGAGGGCAAAGCACCGCUUGCCUUAGCGUCACAAGGGGGGCACGCAGCUUUAGUUAGUAUAUUUUUAGAUAAAUAUAACGCGCCAAUUGAUCAAAGACCACACGAUGGGAAGACAGCCUUAAGGUUGGCAGCACUUGAGGGUCAUUACGAGGUGGUUCAAUUAUUAACCACUCAUGGCGCUGAUAUCGAUUCUAAAGAUGCCGAUGGUAGAAGCACUUUAUAUGUUUUAGCUCUUGAUAAUCGAUUAGCCAUGUCCAAAUAUUUCAUCCAACAAGGGGCUGAUGUGGAAACACGUGACUUAGAGGGCCGGACUCCGCUUCACGUCUCCGCCUGGCAAGGCCACACCGAGAUGGUCUCCCUUCUCCUCACCUAUGGUAAAUGUCAAGUGGACGCUUGUGACCUUGAAAAUCGCACAGCCUUGCAUUCGGCCAGUUGGCAAGGCCAUAGCGAUAUUGUGAAAUUAUUACUCGAACAUGGGGCCUUGCCGGACCACACUUGCAAUCAAGGAGCCACAGCUUUGGGUAUAGCCGCUCAAGAAGGCCAUGAAUUGUGUGUGGUGGCACUCCUGGAGCAUGGCGCUGACCCCAACCAUUCGGAUGCGUGCGGACGCAACGCCUUAAGAGUGGCUGCAAAAUCGGGUCAUCGAGGUGUUGUAAGACUCUUGGAGGAGUACAAUGCAAGGUCACACAAGAUGGCACAUACGAGCAGUAGUGCCAACUCGAUAACGUCAGCAUCAACGGCUGAAACAAAACCAUCAUGUGCUGUCCUCUAUCCUGGAAAUGCCGACUGGUGUGACCAACAAAGACGGUCAAUGGUCUCGUUGGGGAAUCACAGUUCGAAUUCGAAAUCAAGCUCGAAUUUAACAGGAUCGAGUCAUUCGAGUCGACACGGUGACCGACAGAGAGAAAACUCACAAAAUUCGCAACCUAUGUCUUUCACACAGCAAUUGCAACAGUGCACAAGAGGUGGCAAGACUAGACCUUUGAGUAAAUUGUUAUCGCCGUUGCAGAGUGAGCCACAAAGCCCUAUCUAUGCCUCGCCGCCGCUCAGUCCCGUGCACGACACACCAAACAUGUUCGACUUUACAGGCGGCAUGAACAUCUACCAGCCCGUUUUGCGGCAUAACAACUUCGCCAAGGCGCCGGACAUGCAUUUCGCGCGCGAUACCCACAUGAGGAUCAUUUUGGGUAACUCGAGUAGCGCUCUUGUGGGCAAGUCGGAUAAGAAAAAUGACCAGAAUCAGGAGUCUAAUUCGAAAUCUAGCAGUCAGAAGCCGAAACGUAACGGUAUUGUGACGAAUCCAGCGCUGCGAUUGGUAGCGAAUGUGAAAAAUGGGUUGGAUACGGCUGCUGCCAACUUGAGAAAAUCAACGUCCGGCGCGAAUCCGAGUACAAAAACGAACAGUUUUCAUUGGAGGAAAGAAACGCCAUUGUAAAAUUAUUGUUAAGUCACUGCGUGAAUUACUAGUCAAUAUUAUGGUGGGAAUUUCCGUUUUUAAUGUUGCCCUGACAGGUUUAAAAAACGCUAACAACACUCACCUAGUCUUAUCUAUAUCAAAGAUUUAAUUUUUUAUUAGAUUAUGGUUAAUCUAGUAGCGGAAAUAACUCAGAUUUUUAGGCCUAAGUUUUUUCAACGAUGAGUUUACUGAAAUCAGUUUGUGAUAGAGACGUAGAGUUUAAUAAUCGACAGAUAAUAAUUCAAGGCUUCUCUCAGUACCCUUCACUUCUCUCUCGUAAAGAUCUCAUUUUUUGCAAAGUAUAUUUUUGUAAGUUUAAAUUUAUUUAAGGUACUGAUUUUCGGGUAUUGUGCGGUUCGUGUGUUUCACUUUUUCAUUCAAUACGUAUCAAUUAAUGUAUGCCUUUUUUGUAUUUACAAUGAA